AUGAAAAAGAAAAAUUACAAAAAGUCUGAAACAAUCUAACAUUUGUGCAUUUAUGAUGGAUAUUUCCCAUAUGGCAUAUGUAUAUGCAAUCAUUGUGAACAUAAAGGUUUCUUUUGUUUUUUUUGUUUGAUAUUACGUCAUUCUCAUCAUCUUAAUAUGAUUAUAACAUUUUUAGAAAUUAAAGACAGAGUUAAAGUUGUAAUAAGAUUAAUAUAAGAAAUUGCUUUCUAAUUUAGCUUAGGUCAAAGAGAAGAUUUUGCUAAUAUUCUAGAUGAUUUUACUUAAAAUCUAUGGUUAUUAGAAUUUAAUAAUAAGGAAUAUUAAUCCAAAAAAUUAUAAAAAGAGAUAACUUUAUUAAAAAGUAUACCAAUAUUAAGAUAGAUUAAAAAACUUUUAAUUAUUAAUAAAUAAAACCAUAUUCAUUAUUUUAAUUAGAUAAAGCCACUUUUAUUUUAGCAUUCAAAUAUUCCUAGAAAUUCAUAUUAAUAAAAUAAUAAGUCUAUUUUAUUAUUAGGUAGAAUUCUAAUUUUUAGUAUUUUAAUGAGUAUAUUGUUGAAAUAUUUAUUAAUUAAUAACAAUAAUAUUUGA